CACGAGUUUCAGUUCAGGAAGAAGCGGAUCUAACGUUGGUACCCAAAUGCCUGUGAACGUAACAGCGUUUUUAAAAAAUAUAUAACGUAACAUCUUGGUUGUGAGCCAAAAUCACGUUUUUUCAUAUGUAGUCUUCGGCCGUCCGGACCAGCUGUCUGCCCCCCCCCCAACCCCGGUUUGAGACCAGAUAAUAUGGACUGGACAGUGAGCGGUCGGACCCGGUUGUGGUGCGUUUUGGUGUUGCUGUGCUGCGCUCGUCUCCCUCAAAAGGGGUUUUGCAGUGCUAGCACAGUUUCCCUUCCUGAAAGCCUGCUCUUUGUGUCCACACUGGAUGGAAACCUGCACGCUGUUAGCAAGAAGUCAGGCUCUAUCAAAUGGACCCUGAAAGAAGAUCCAGUUCUUCAGGUCCCCACACAUGUGGCAGAACCAGCCUUUCUGCCUGACCCCAAUGAUGGCAGCCUGUACUCUCUGGGAGGAAAGAACAACGAAGGCCUCACAAAAUUACCGUUCACUAUCCCUGAGUUGGUCCAAGCUUCUCCCUGUCGCAGCUCUGAUGGAGUGCUUUACAUGGGUAAGAAGCAGGACCUGUGGUAUGUGGUGGACCUGUUGACUGGUGAGAAACAGCAGACCCUGACGUCCUCCUUUGCUGAGAUGCUGUGUCCGUCCUCAUCCCUUCUCUAUCUGGGACGCACAGAGUAUACCAUCACCAUGUAUGACACCAAGAGCAGAGAGCUGCGUUGGAAUGCCACCUAUUCUGACUACGCCUCCACCCUUCCCGACGACGACACCAAAUACAAGAUGGCUCACUUUGUGUCCAACGGCGACGGCCUCGUGGUGACUGUAGACAGCGAAUCAGGAGACGUUCAGUGGGUGCAGAACUAUAACUCGCCGGUGGUGGCCAUGUAUAUCUGGCAGCGAGAGGGCCUCCGCAAAGUUGCCCACACUAAUGUGGCCGUGGAAACCCUGCGCUAUCUCACCUUCAUGUCUGGAGAGGUUGGCCGCAUCACCCAGUGGAAAUACCCAUUUCCUAAAGAGAAGAAACCUAAAAACAAGUUCAUGGCCACUUUGUAUGUGGGUAAAUACUCCACCAGUCUGUAUGCCUCUCCCUCGCUGGUGCACGAUGGAGUCACUGUGGUGCCUCGUGGCAGCACAUUCCCCAUGCUGGAGGGUCCUGACAGCCAGGAGACUGAGGAGGACAAGGAGUGUGUUAUCACACCCAGCACCAGUGUCAAGUUCAAUGCUGCGCUCCGGGAAAGAAACCGUAUGAACUUCAUGAGGAACUACCUGCUGCUUAUAGGUCAUCAUGAGACGCCCCCCGAAGCUCACACCAAGAUCCUGGAGAAGUUCCCUGACAGCUUCCCUCGCAAUCAAGGCAACGUCAUCCCACCUACUACUGACAAGAAAGUUGAGGAGAAGGUGAAUGACAGUGGCAUGGAUGAUGGCCCCCCUUCUCCUCUGCCUGAAACAUCUAUCCAAGAACCUGGGACCAGUGGUCGCACUGUACGUCCAGAGGCCCCUGUGGACACUAUGCUCAAAGACAUGGCCACCAUCAUCUUCUCCACUUUCCUCCUGGCUGGCUGGGUGGCGUUUGUGAUUACCUACCCCAAAAGUGUUCACAAGCAGCAGCAGCUGCAGCACCAGGAGUUCCAGAGGCAGAUGGAGGAGAGGUUGGAGCUGCUCCAGAGACAGCAGCCGUUCCCCCCUGCAGAUGUGGGCCUGGGCUUGGUCCCAGAGAGCGACUAUCUUGAGGUGGCCCGCACUCGCUCCGAAUGCUCAGACCACAGCAGCCCCAACGUCACCCCUCGCGCCUCCAACCACUCCAACCUGUCUGUGUCUGAGCUGGGAAGCUCUGCCAAUGAGCAUGAAGAUGGAGAGGAAGACUCCAAUAUUGUCAGAGUGGGCAACAUAACUUUCCGUCCCAAAGAGGUCCUGGGUCACGGUGCUGAGGGCACCAUUGUGUACAAGGGUCAGUUUGACAACCGUCCAGUGGCAGUGAAGAGAAUUCUCCCAGAGUGCUUCAGCUUUGCAGACCGGGAAGUCCAGCUGCUGAGGGAGUCCGACGAGCACCCAAACGUCAUCCGCUACUUCUGCACGGAGAGGGACCGUCAGUUCCAGUACAUCGCCAUUGAGCUGUGUGCUGCCUCACUUCAGGAGUAUGUGGAGAGGAAGGAUUUUGACCGUCAUGGACUAGAGCCAGUUAUGCUUCUUCAGCAGACCAUGUCAGGACUGGCCCACCUGCACUCUCUAAACAUAGUUCACAGAGACCUGAAACCCCACAACAUCCUUGUGUCCAUGCCCAACGCCCACGGUCGGGUCCGGGCCAUGAUCUCAGACUUUGGUUUAUGUAAGAAGCUGGCAGUGGGCCGCCACAGUUUCAGUAGAAGGUCUGGGGUGCCGGGCACUGAGGGGUGGAUCGCCCCCGAGGUUCUCAGUGAGGACUGCAAAGACAACCCGACCUGCGUUGUUGAUAUCUUCUCUGCUGGUUGUGUGUUCUACUACGUGGUAUCUCAGGGAAGUCACCCCUUUGGCAAGUCUCUGCAGAGGCAAGCAAACAUCCUACUGGGCACAUACAGCCUCGACCAUCUGCAAACAGACAAACAUGGGGACAUUGUAGCCAGAGAUCUAAUAGAGCAGAUGUUGAGCAUGGAGCCCCACAGGAGGCCUUCAGCUGAGAGUGUACUCAAACACCCUUUCUUCUGGAGCCUGGAGAAGGAGCUGCAGUUCUUUCAGGAUGUGAGCGACAGAAUAGAAAAGGAGCCGCUGGACGGACCAAUCGUGAGGCAGCUGGAGAGAGGAGGGAGGGCUGUUGUCAAGGGUGACUGGAGAGAGCACAUCACAGUGCCACUGCAGACAGAUCUGCGGAAAUUUCGCUCCUAUAAGGGCGGGUCAGUCAGAGACCUGCUGCGUGCGAUGAGAAACAAGAAACACCAUUACCGAGAGUUGCCUGCUGAAGUACAGGAGACUCUGGGCUCCAUCCCUGAUGACUUUGUCUCCUACUUCACCUCCCGCUUCCCCCACCUCCUAAUGCACACCUACCUGGCAAUGCGGACCUGUGCAUCUGAGAGGCCAUUCCUGCCUUAUUACUCCGCUGCAGAGCAGCUUGCAAAAACACAAGCCCAGUACACAUAUUUUGGACCACAGAGACAAAAUGAGCUGUGCACUCAACACCUGCCAACACACACAUCAUCACCCUCCUUACAACCCCAGGAACCUACACAUUCUUCACAGCCUGUGCAGGUCUCUCACACAACCCCUGCAGAGUCAGUGCCCUGUACAUCACCAGAUGAGCCUGUAUCCUCACAUUUGCCAGUUCAGACAGUGCAGCCGGAAGCGCCAGCACUGUCCACACAGACUGACUUACACAUUGAAGCAGUGAACCCCACAUUUGCCUCAGAAUCACCUACAGAUCCUCUCAGACAAAGAGAAUCCAGUCCAUCUGAGGUACACACUCUGCCAGAUUCUCCUACACUGAACAGUGAACCAGUGUGAACUGGACCAGAGUCAGGUGGACCCAGCACAGACGGGAGCAACGCCUUCGAGAGUGGACACAAAGUGGGACUCAAUUGCUGCACCGUGAGCUGGUGAGGACCAGGCCUGCAGUGCCUGGGAUCCACUGCCGGGCGCAGCGGUUGCACCCUUAGUUAAGUGCCUUCUGCUCACCUGGGUUAACAUGUUCCCCAACAGAACCGUCCACAAGUCUGUCUCUGCCUCAAGGAACUCGGACAACCAACAGGGUGUUGUUGAACAUUAUCUUGUAGCAGGACUGAGCAAAGAGAAUCUUUCUUUUUUUACUUUAUAGUGGCAUGUCCAAAAGAAAAUGUGUUUGUCCCAAAAAUAUUUGGCCUCUAUUGUGGGAAACAUGUCUGGAUGUUGUUGAACACUUGGGUAGUUUUAUUGUGCAAUGUUGUAUUUCUGAGUGAGCCUGUUCACUGCACAGAUACUGUAUGUAUAUUUUUGUAUAGACUGAUUCAGAAUUUGGAUCAUUGAUGAUAAAUCAUUUAAUGUGGCCGAUGUGCCUUUUUUUUUUUAAAUAUCACUGUGCUGUAUGGGUACAGAUCUAUAAAAUUAACUAUGCUAAAUGUGCUUGAUUACAGUUAAUGCUGCUAGACUGCUUCUCUUUUGUCAAUCAAUUGUGCUGACACGAUAAGAGUGGACUGUUCCAAAGGGUGUUCAGGGUGGCGUCUGAAUACAGUAGGUAAUUUUAUUCUAUGUGAUUAUGCAGUCAAAAAUGAGAUUAGAGGUCAGGCUGCAGAACUCUCAUGUAAAAUAACUUUUUAAGGGUGUCAAACGUGAGUUAAUGACUUGCACAUUAAAUUCUAUUUUUUUUUAUACUAAAAA